GCCUGCCGAUGCAGUUGCACACACUGCCUGCGAUAGUUUCAGCUUUCCUACACUCUCCUUUGCACUCAACCCAAGUGCCAGUGGAGCGCCUGGGACGACGCGAGGUAAAGGCGACAGUGGUAGUAUCGUCAAAGGCAGUAUAGCUUCCGACUGCCCCCCCAAGCGCCUGACUGUGAAAUACCCUCAAAGAGAAAGGGAAGAAGGCACAAAGAGUUGGUUGCAAGCAACGCUGUCAGCGCUUCUCACUUACAUUCCAGGAACAUACAAGGAGAGAGCAAGUUGGAGGUCCACUCAUAAUGGGAGUCUGAAAAUGUGUGUGACAAUGUUUAUCCGAAGCCGCUUUCUAUUCCUCCUGGCUGUAGCUGCCCUGCUUGCUGUCCUGAGUCUCAGCUUACAGUUCUCAGCUACAGCACAUGGCGGAAACAGCAUACGGCCAGCUGAAAAUAGAGCUAGAGAAAACAGAGGACAAGAUCCACGCUGGAGAGUUGAGAAGACAAAGGGCAAGAAUGGUUCAGGAGCAGUCCACUUGAUUCCUGUGACACAACCAAAAGAGGAUGGAAUGAUUGCUAAAAGCCGAAAACGAAUAUUGGUAAAUCCGCAUACUGCUCCUCCAAAGUUGGAUCCAAUAUAUGAGGCCUAUCGGUACUGCAACAUGCCAAACAAAACUGAUCAUGGCCUGGAAGGCCAUGCACCCUCGGACUAUAAAUUGCUGUCAGUACAUGUUAUGAUUCGCCAUGGUGACAGGUAUCCUCUCUAUGCCAUUCCGAAAACAAAGCCACCACCUAUUGACUGUAUCCUAAUUCCCACUAGGAAACCUUCUCACCGCCUGCUGGAAACCUUCAUCAAGAACAGGAACAUUGUCACUGCAUGUAAACUGGAUGGCCCCUUGAACAAUAUUGCUCUCCUCCCCAGUCACACUGUGUGUGAAAUGGGGGAAUUGACCCAAAUAGGUGUUGUCCAGCAUCUGCUGAAUGGAGAACAUUUGCAUGACACGUACAUUAAGAAACAUAAACUGCUGCCUGAUAACUGGUCUACAAAGCAUCUGUACGUGGAAUCAACAGGAAAAAGUCGGACACUGCAGAGUGGACUAGCUCUGCUGUACAGUCUCCUGCCAAAAUUGGAUUGGGGCAAAGUACACGUCCGGUACCAGUGGAGCACCAUUUUCUGCUCUAACAGCUGUGACUGUCCAAUGCGUAAUCACUAUCUAGAGGAGGAACAACGACGCCAGUACAAUUUGCGGGUUAAAAACAGCUUGUUGGAACAGACGUACAUAGACAUGGCAAAAAUUGUGGGGAUUCCCACACGGCGGUUAAGAGCAGCUAAUCCCAUUGACUCCCUGCUAUGCCAUUUCUGUCACAAUGUCUCAUUUCCAUGUACAGAAUAUGGUUGCAUUAAUCUGAACCACUUUAAAGUCAUCAAGGCACAUCAGCUGGAAGAUGAGCAAGACAGGCAGAGGAAGAAAUUGUACUACAAAUAUGCGCUACUUGCAACUCACCCUCUUUUAAACCAGACUGUCACUCGCAUGCAACAGAUUGCUCAAGGGAAGAAGGAUGAAAUAUUUGCCCUCUACUCUGCUCAUGAUGUCACAGUGGCACCCCUGCUCAGCGCUUUGGGCAUUCCUGAUGCCAGUUUUCCUCGAUUUGGUGCGCGAAUAAUCUUUGAAAUAUGGCGAAAUGGACAGGUCAAAAGACAACAUUUUAUUCGUAUACUUUAUAAUGGCGAUGAUAUCACAUUCCAAACGUCGUUCUGCUCUGGGCACAAAGCACAUUCCAAACAACUCCUCUGUCCUUUUGAGAAUUUCUUGAAUUUUGUAAGGAAGGACAUGUUUGCAGUUUUUAACAGCACAAAUUAUUAUGAUGCAUGCCACAGGAGGGUAUUUUGAAUAUCUCAGUUGCUGGAGUUUGUGUAAUGCUACAUGUUGUGUGUUUUAAAUAUAAUUGAUUUGAAUCAUUGGUGUUAUAUUUUGAUGAGAUUGUACCCCCCACCCAUGGAAGAGUUGUUUUAUGUCCAAUGAUAAUAAAUUAUAAUGUGUAUUGCACAAAUGUCAUGCUCCAGCUAUGUAUUGUGACACUGUGUUCCAGGGAUUUGUUAUAUCAUGUCUUUGUAUUGAAAAAUCCCACUGUAGCUAGACACGGUAACUAAAGCUUUCUAAAAUAAACCAGGGACGGAUAGCAAAGGCAUGAUUAGACGUGUUUAAUAAUUCUUUAAGAAAAGGUGUAGUGUCAGAGAACUUUCAGCAAACUAUCUAUAUUUAAGAAGGGAGAUAAGAAUAUGCCCAAGGAACUAUAAACUAGUCAGAGUUACAGUGACUGAUUAACAAAAGAAAAUUGAAGAAGAAAAAAAACUAGAAACUAAAAAUGUAGUGCUGAAUAAUCAAUAUAUACUGUAAAAGGCAAAAUCUUGCUUGCCUCUUGUCAUUGAAUUCUUUGAAGAGAUAAAUGAGAAAUCAUUAAAAAUUGUACACUUAAAUUUGAUGGCAGCCUCAGUUAAGAAAGUUAGAAAUUAGGAUACUCCAGUGAUCAUGAUGUUCAGUUUUGUAUUUUGAUAUAGCUUUCAUUUUGGCCUACUUAAUGCUUCAUUUCACUUUGCUUCAAAGUAAACCAAAUACCUAGUUUCAAAGGAUUUAGGUAUCUGCUGAAACUUUCAUGAUUUAAACCAGUUGGGACAGAAUUGUUAGUUGAAUUUCAAAUGAAGUCAAAUUUAAAAUGUUACUUCGUACCACAGUAGAUUGAGCUGUUAUACAUAUAAUGAAAGGCUAUAUGGAAUACAUUUCAAGACUUCCUUUUAGUCAUAACAGUAAGAACCAGUUCAUGCUACAAUGUUGCACACCAAUCAGUUGUGCAUGUGGAAAUGCUUUUCUCUGAAAUAAAAGGGAAAGAUGGAGUUGCAAGCUUCAAGUGAUCUAGUAAAGCAAAUUUCUUCAAUCCACAGCUAAAUCAGAAUCUAAGGGGACAUUUUAAAGUCGGUAAUCUGUAGCAAAUGGAGCACCAGAAGGAUCUGUAUAAGAGUCUGUGCUUUUAAAACUCACUGCCCUGAUGUUCUGGCCCUUCAAUAGUGAAUGACAAAUGCAAAGCCCCAAGAAUAUAUGCCGGGACUCCUUGAAGUUGCAACACACCAACUUCACAAAGAUUGUCUGGAAAGUUUGAAUUCUCAAUGGGAAUUCCCUAGUUACCUAGGACAGUGCUUGAAUAUCAUUCACUCUAAGUUAGGUUUGGAGUGUUGGCAGAGAUGAGACUUAUUUACUGGAUAUUAAGCAGGAAACAUUAGAUAGAUUAAAACCAUGCCUAAUUCCUGGGAAGUCAUUGAACUAAUCCUACUGACGCCAUGACUCCCCUCAGCUAUUAUGCCUCUUCCCAGUGUCUCAGCCCCUGCCCUGCUAAAUCUUCCUGAGCCUCCAUUAUUCCUCAACCCUGUAACAUGCUCUGAUUCUCAAAUUUGCCUCCUUGACCUCUUGACACUACCCAGAGUCCAUAACAUAUUUGUCUGGACCUCACCACCCUGGCACUGUACCCACCUGCCUCCCACUGACUACCCUACCUAAUGACAAAUCUUCCCUAUCACCUCUUUGCUCUUGCACUUGUACUAAAGAACUGAAAUUUACUGAGAUGUAUAAACUUACCAGAAUACAGCAAUUUAUGCUAUAAAAAGAGGGCAUGACUUCUGCAUGCAUUCUGUUUGCUGCUCCCUCUGACAAAUCCAGUGGUCACUGGGUUUUGGAUAGAUACUGCAAUGGAAGGCUGACCAAACAAAUCAGAGAAAGGUAAGUAGGAAAUAUUUUCCUCCAGUCUGCCUUGGAACAAAUAUUCUGCUGACUGGAAGAUUUUGAUCAACAUUAAUGACAAAGAUGAAGAGUCAAAUUAAUAUAUCUAAAUUUCCAAUGAUACAAAACUAGCAGUGAGGAGAAUGCAAGGAGUCUCAAUGAGAUCAAAGCACAUAAGAUGAGUCAGUAACAAGUUGGCAAAUGAACUAUAGUGUGGGGAAGUGUGAGAUUAUUCACUUAGUUACCAAGAAUAGAAAAAUUAAAUAUUUUAUGAAAUUUCUAGAUGAUGUUCAGAGAGAUUUUGAUUUACAGGUCACUCAAAGCUAGCAAAUAGGUACAGCAAACAAUUACAAAGGCAAAUGGUUUCAGAGAAUAAACAAAACUGUACCACAAUUGCACAGGCCUUUGGUGAAAUUAUGCUUGGUGUACUGUCUGCUGUUUUAAUCUCCAUAUUUAAGGAAGGAUAAACUUGCUUUAGAAGUGGUAUAGCAGAUAUUAACUAGAUUGGUCCUUGAGAUGGGAGAGUUCUCUCAUGGUGAGAGAUCAUUGCUCUUAAAAAAUCAUUUUCAUUUUCUUUCUGUGCCUGCUAUUCUCUGAGCCGUAAGCUUUCUUUUCAAUAGCAUCCAGCUAAUGAAAGUUCCACUGUUUCUUAAGGAUCCCGCAAUUGUGGAUAUAUUAGCUUAUGUGUGAACUUAGCUGUAAUGUUACUUAGUGCCUCUAUCUCUAAAAAUAACCUGAUUUCUGACAGUCACUUUGCUUCUAGUCUAUAUCUACUCUCACUGCUCUUAGUAGACACUUGCUUUCUCUGCAUUUUCUCAGCUGAACUGCAGCAGAACUCUCAGAUAAUUUCCCCAUUUAAAAAAAACAGUUCUCUCCAACCUAUUUCCAUGGCAACCUGUCAUACCUAUCAUGUUCUAAACAGAAAUCAACAUUUGUUAACUAUUGGCUUCAUACCCAAACCUUUGAAUGGAAAAUACAGAUGAAUAAUUUAUAUCUCCGAUUAACAUCGUUCCAUCUCUCCAGGAUCCCUGAUUCCACCAAUGAAAUCCAUUAUUUAUAAACUGCUUGCUUCUUUUCACUGGGAAUUACAUUCAUAAUUCACAUAUGCUAUUGAAACAAUUUUAGACCACCUAGCUCUAUACAGACCCCAAAGGAUUAUUAUUGUUUGAUUUCUCCUUUCUAAUUUUGAUCUCAUAAACUACCACCAUU